AUGGCGAGUUCCUGCUUUCUUAUCUUCCUUGCAGGGGAGAUAAUUAGAACUACUGCUGUAAAUGAAGGUUGGUUACCAGUCGAACGUGAGGUGGAAAUAGAGUGGGAUCUUGAGUCGACACCUUUAGAAGUUAAAACCAAUAGUGUGCUGGGGAGUGACGAUCAAGUGGCUGUGUGGCUCUACUCUGCUGGGGGAGAGUUUGCAGGAGCAGUCGGCCUCUGGUUCUUCUCUACUCCACAAUGCUGGGUAUCCUGGUGCGGCACAUUCUGGAUUAACCUCCCUGUUAAUCCCCCCUCUCCUACUGACAAGGUUUGGCGUAUCACUCUAACCAGAACUGCAGGUGUCAGACUAGUGAUACACUGUAACGAGGUGGAGGUGCUCAACAUACUGCUCUCUCAAUCAACUUGUAGUGGCAGUGACUGGAGCACGUACUGGAAUAGAGACGUGACAAAGAUAAAGUUCUGGUCCGUCGACACAGCAUCUGAUUACUACGGACCACAACCAGAAUGCAAAGUGCUCGUCAUACUAAAUGCAUCACCCAUUGAAAGGGUGAACGUGAACACUGACGUCACUGUCACAUGCUCCGAAGGGUACAUUCUGAACGGUCCGGGGGUGGUCACGUGCCAGUCAGAUCAAUCCUGGUCUUCAGUACCUCAAUGUGAGCCUUGCCGAGGGGGAACGUAUAGAUCAGCUGACUCAACAGUUUGUGUACCAUGUGAUGAUAACACUAUUAGUUCUGAGGGAGCCAGUCAAUGUGAUAAUUGUGGGGAAAAACAAGUAGCGGAAGAUGGGAACACCAAAUGUGCGGGGCGCUGUGAAAAGGAAGAGUUAGACAAGAAGUUUGAAGUUCCCUCUGCCCUGAACGAAACAACUGCGGAGACCACUGUUGUUAACGUAACGUGUGUCAGACCUAAGCGCUACGUUCUGAUGGGCGAAACAAGCAUCACGUGUCAGCAUACUGGUACCUGGUCCCAACAACCACAGUGUAGAAAAUGCGGUUACCUUUAG